AUGAGUGAAGAAGAACAUAGCCUUAGCUCGGCACCUUCGUCAGCAGAUUGUUUCCGUCGUUCAAAAACAUAUAAACCUCCACAUAUAAGACGAAAUGGCUACAACAUUAGAAGCAAAUCUGAAUCCACUCCCAAGCCUUCCACUCAAGUUUCAAAUAUUCCAAUAGAUCCAGACGCUGCUGAGAAAAGAAGACAAAGGUUUGCUAAUGAUAAGAAGAAGGAUAAUGAACAGUAUGGACUGAUAAGUCGUGGUGAAGAUAAUAGAUUGCAAAGAGAUCCACAAGCAAGAUCGAACUAUUUCAAGAAAAUCCAACAAGAUUUCACCCAAGAUCUUUCAAAUUCUGAUGUUGAGACAAUCAGAAGUUCAUUUUCAAGACUGACACUGAAUGAGAAGGAAAAUAAGCAACUUAUAGAUAACACAUUGAUGUCACUACGGAAAUUGAGAGAAGCAUUGUUAAAGUUUGAUCCAGAUGAAUUCACCAUAUCAGUAUUCUUAUACUCCAUAAGGAUUGCAACAAGAGUUGGUCAUUAUCAAACAUAUGUACCUAGCAUCAAUUAUUUAUUAAAGCAUCAUUCAAAGCUAUCGGCUUCAAAUUUGAAUGAGAUUAUAAAUAUCUUUGCAUUGCAUUUGGCACAUUUCAGUAACAAUAAUGAAGAUGCGAUAGAGAUUGUACAUAAAUAUGCAAAUGAUGAUAUCAAAUUACACAGCGUGUUGAAGGCAUGGAGAACUUUGGAUUAUUUCACAUGGUUGAAUCUAUAUCAUUCAGAAAGUGAUCUUCUGUACCAUAGAAUGAUGCAAUUUGGUGAAAAUAGGAUGAUCAAUCAUUCAUUGAAAUGUAUUCAAAAGUCAUAUUUCCAGUUGCCUAAGGAUUAUGUUGAUUCAGUUUUUCAUAUUGAUUUUGAAACAUUGAAGACAAAAUUCGCUUGUGAUUGGACGUUGAAAGAGCAAACUGUUGUCAUAAGGUCAAGAACUUGA